AGAUGGCGGAGCUAAGGAGUGGACGGCUGUCGUGCUGGGGCUCGCGGGGACCGGAGCACAGCUGCCGCGGCUGAGGCCCCCACCGCCGUUCGGGGUUCAGCCUACCGCUGCGACCUCGACCUGUGGCUGCACAGGUUCCGAUUUCGGAGCAGUCCGUGCUGCCGGGUCAUGCUGCAAAACAAGCCGCUCCGCCGCCACCGUUGAGCUCGCGGGCCGCGCCUGGCGCGGACGUACACCGAGAAGAUGUUCUCCGCGCUGAAGAAGCUGGUGGGAUCAGAGCAGGCCCCGGGCCGGGACAAGAACAUCCCCGCUGGGCUGCAGUCCAUGAACCAAGCGCUGCAGAGGCGCUUUGCCAAGGGGGUGCAGUACAACAUGAAAAUUGUGAUCCGGGGAGACAGGAACACUGGCAAGACUGCGCUAUGGCACCGGCUGCAGGGCAAAAAGUUUGUGGAGGAGUACAUCCCCACACAGGAGAUCCAGGUCACCAGCAUCCACUGGAGUUACAAGACCACAGAUGAUGUAGUGAAAGUUGAAGUCUGGGAUGUGGUGGACAAAGGGAAAUGCAAAAAGCGAAAUGAUGGCCUGAAGACGGAGAACGACCCCCAGGAGGCGGAGUCCGAAAUGGCCCUUGAUGCCGAGUUCCUAGACGUGUACAAGAACUGUAAUGGGGUGGUCAUGAUGUUCGACAUCACCAAGCAGUGGACCUUCAACUACAUCCUCCGAGAGCUUCCCAAAGUGCCCACCCACGUGCCAGUGUGCGUGCUGGGCAACUACCGUGAUAUGGGCGAGCACCGCGUCAUCCUGCCCGAUGAUGUGCGUGAUUUCAUCGACCACCUAAACAGACCGCCAGGCUCCUCCUACUUCCGGUACGCAGAGUCUUCCAUGAAGAAUAGCUUCGGCCUGAAGUACCUGCAUAAGUUCUUCAACAUCCCAUUCCUGCAGCUACAGCGGGAGACACUGCUGCGCCAGCUCGAGACCAACCAGCUGGACAUCGAUGCCACACUGGAGGAGCUGUCGGUGCAGCAGGAGACAGAGGACCAGAACUACAGCAUCUUCCUGGAAAUGAUGGAGGCCCGGAGCCGCGGCCACACGUCCCCGCUGGCUGCCAAUGGCCAGAGCCCAUCCUCAGGCUCCCAGUCGCCAAUUGUGCCUCCAAGCACUGUCUCCACAGGGAGCUCCAGCCCCAGCACGCCCCAACCCACCCCCCAGCUGCCCCUCAGUACCCCCUCGGUCUGCCCCCCUGCUCCUUCUGCCUCCCCUGUACCCUUGGUAGAGGCUCCGCCCCAGCCUGUGCAGCCCUCAGCCCCACCUCAGCGACGCAGCAUCAUCUCCCGGCUGUUUGGGACCUCCCCUGUGGUGGACACGCCCUCCCCACCUUCAGAGCCAGCCCCAGCGGCAGAGGCACCAACAAGGGUCCAGAACGUGGAGGACUUUGUUCCUGAAGAUGGCCUUGACCACAGCUUCCUGGAGGACACUGCUCAGUCUAAGAAUGAAAAGGUUGGAGCCAGGGCCACGCAGCAGGACAGUGACAGCGAUGGGGAGGCCCUGGCUGGGAACCCAAUGGUGGCAGGUUUCCAGGAUGAUGUGGACCCGGAGGACCAGCCUUGCAGCAGGCCCCCACUGCCCUCAGGCCCCGUCCCCAGUAAAGAUGUCAGUCUCUCAAGUGAGGAGGAGGUGACCAGUCACCCCAGCACCCCCAGCACAGCUGCCCUGGCUUCCCAACAGUGCUCAGAGCUGGAGACAAAAUGUCUGUCCUUGUCACCAAGGUCUUCCACCAAGGCCAUGCGGCUGCAGAAAAAGACGGCACCCACACGAGCUGUGGCACACCCCCAGCCAAGCUCGGGGUCUGGGCAGCCUACCAGCACCCAGCGCCCGAUGGAGGAUGCCUCGAGAAGACCUGCAGAGGGGAAGGAGGCGCUGGCCUCGUCAUCGGAGAGUGACCCCGAGGGGCCCAUUGCUGCACAGAUGCUGUCUUUCGUCAUGGAUGACCCAGACUUUGAGAGCGAGGAGUCUGACAAGCAGCACCGAGUGGACGAGUUCCCCACAAGAGAGGACCCCUCUGAUAUGAGUGAGGAGGACACCAGGCUUGCCCAGCUCUCCCUGCCUGUAGCAGCCCCGCCCUCCGUCACCUCCUUCAGACCAAAGAAUGACUCUGAUCUCUUCGGGCUGGGGCUAGAAGAGACAGCCCCGAAGGACAGCAGUGAUGAAGAGAAGGACGGCAAGGUUGCCUCCAGGGAGAAGAAGAAGAAGAAGAAGAAAGGGAAAGAGGAAGAAGAAAAGGCGGCGAAGAAGAAGAGCAAACACAAGAAGAGCAAGGGCAAGCAGGAGGGCGAAGAGGGGCGACGAAGGAAACGGAGGCCAUCCCGCAGCCAGGAGCAGAAGGCUGCAGAUGAGCUGGAGGCCUUCCUGGGGGGCGGGCCCCCCGCCAGCCGCCACCCAGGGGGUGGGGACUAUGAGGAGCUCUAGGCCUGCCCUGUUGACCUCCCUGGGGAACUGAGGAGGCCACCACCAGCACCUGGCCCCAGGACCACUCCCCCCCACCACCACCUGCAUCCAUGGCUGGCCCUGCCUCCAGUUCCUGCCGGAGGAGGCGCUGGGCCUCAGGCCCAUGUGGGCCUGCCAUUCGGGGAAGAAGGGGACAACAGGGCUGCUGCUGACUGGGUGGAUGCCUGGCCCUCUCCAGGCAGGGCCAAGACCAGCCCCAGCAUUUCUCAGGGAUGUCACAGGCCGAGGAAGGACCCUCGAGGGUCGUUUACAGAGGCAGGGCAAGGGGCUGCCCAGCUAUUAGAACAUCACUCCCCAUCCACCCCUGCUUGCCCUCCCAGGCUGUGUGAGGCCCCAGCAUGCCACAGGCCCUGCUUCUGCUGCCAGGCGCGGGCCGGAGUGCAGUGGCCCCUGCCCUGCGUGUGCCUGGGCCCCGUGCCAGGUCAGGCUGGCAGGAGCAGAGCAGCAGCCACAGCCUCUCAUGGGAGUGGGGCUGGGCAGGAGGCGCUGCCUCUUCACUCCACUCGACCAUAAAGCUCUCGGGUUUUACUGCUG